AACAGUUGCAAAUUAAACGUUCUGCGGAACGUGGCCAGCAGGACUUAGUGUACUACUCGACGAAGCGAAAGUCACGGCUAGAUAGCGUAUGUUGGUUGAGUACGCCUGUGAGAGAUAAGAUAAUUCAUGCAAUACUGACAUUGAGACUUAUCUUCGGACAAGAACAUCGGUAUUAUUUCUAGCUAUAUAUUUUGCAAAGUUUCAGCAUAGAGUGAUUAUUGUUUAACAAUAAAUCAUGACACUGCAAUUACCAUCAACAUUGGCUAACUUAUUCAAGUAUAUAGAUGAUCAUGCGCAAGAUUAUAUUAAGAACUUAGGAGAAGCGGUAGCUAUUAAAUCAGUAUCAGCAUGGCCGGAUCAUAGGAAUGAGGUAGUGAAAAUGAUGAAAUGGGCAGAAAUAAAGUUGAAGAAUCUUGAAGCAACCACAGAAUUAGUUGACAUAGGUAAACAACCUCUUCCUAAUGGCACUGAAAUCCUACUUCCACCUGUACUACUGGGAACUCUUGGAUCUGAUCCAAAAAAGAAGACUGUGCUCUUAUAUGGACAUUUGGAUGUACAACCUGCAUUAAAGGAAGAUGGCUGGGACACUGAUCCUUUCAUUCUCGUUGAGAAGGAUGGUAAACUUUUUGGACGAGGUAGUACCGACGAUAAAGGGCCAGUUCUUUGUUGGAUACAUGCAUUGGAAGCUUACAAAGCAGUUGGAGAAGAUAUUCCUGUCAAUCUUAAGUUUGUCUUUGAAGGAAUGGAAGAGAGUGGAAGCGAAGGUUUGGACGACCUACUGUGGGCAAAGAAGGAUACCUUCUUACGAGAUGUAGACUAUGUCUGCAUAUCAGACAAUUAUUGGCUGGGUACCAAGAAGCCUUGCAUUACUUACGGCCUACGAGGUAUCUGCUACUUCCAAAUGGAAGUCACUUGCGCUGCCAAGGACUUGCACAGUGGUACCUUUGGUGGAACUGUACACGAAGCCAUGGCAGAUCUGAUUUACUUAAUGAACAGCCUGGUUGACGUUAAUGGGCGUAUUUUAGUAGACGAUAUCUAUAACAAUGUGGUUAAAUUAACUGAAGCGGAAUUAUCCUCUUAUAAGAAUAUAGAUUUCGAUGUAGAUGAAUUCAGGGACACUGUUGGAACUAAGAAGUUAGCGCAUAAAGAGGACAAGAUUCAGUUACUGCUUCAUCGCUGGAGGCAGCCCUCUUUGUCUCUUCAUGGGAUCGAGGGUGCUUUCAGUGAACCGGGAGCGAAGACAGUUAUCCCAAGGAAGGUUAUUGGUAAAUUUUCGAUCAGAAUAGUUCCCGACAUGACUCCGGAUGAAACAGUCGAGAAGGUAGUUGCGUAUGUGAAUAAGGUAUGGCAAGAUAGAGGUAGCCCGAAUACCAUGAAUGUGAGCAUGUACCACGGCGGCAAGGCCUGGUCCGAGAAUCCUGAUCAUCCACAUUAUUUGGCUGGCCGGAAAGCUACUCAACAUGUUUAUCAUGUAGAACCUGAUCUUUCUCGCGAAGGUGGCUCGAUUCCUGUCACUUUGACAUUCCAAGAAGUUACUGGCAAGAAUGUAUUGCUUUUACCAGUUGGCAGAGGUGAUGACGGGGCGCAUUCACAAAACGAAAAGUUAAAUGUAGAUAACUACAUUCAAGGGACAAAGUUACUUGGAGCUUAUCUUUACGAGGUAGCUCAAUUAUAAUACGUCAUCAGUAUUUAUCCAUCAGGGAUUCAGUGGUAUGUUGGGCUUUCUAUUGUUACAAGUUUAUUCUGUUUUAUGGUGACAAGAUCAACUAUUCAUAUGUAAGCACUGCAUUUUAAUUUUUAAAAC